AUGGGAAAAACGCAAAUAUGGGAAAAACGCAAAUAUGAGAAAAACGCAAAUAUAGGAAAAACGCAAAUAUGGGAAAAACGCACAAAUGGGAAAAUCGCACAAAUGGGAAAAUGGGAAAAUCGCACAAAUAGGAAAAUGGGAAAAUCGCACAAAUGGGAAAAUGGGAAAAUGGGAAAAUCGCAAAAGUGGGAAAAUCGCAAAAGUGGGAAAAUCGCAAAAGUGGGAAAAUCGCAAAAGUGGGAAAAUCGCAAAAGUGGGAAAAUCGCAAAAGUGGGAAAAUCGCAAAAGUGGGAAAAUCGCAAAAGUGGGAAAAUCGCAAAUAUGGGAAAAACGCAAAUAUGGGAAAAACGCAUAUAUGGGAAAAACGCAAAUAUGGGAAAAACGCAUAUAUGGGAAAAACGCAUAUAUGGGAAAAACUCAUAUAUGGGAAAAACGCAUAUAUGGGAAAAACGCAUAUAUGGGAAAAACGCACAUAUGGGAAAAACGCGCAUAUGGGAAAAACGCACAUAUGGGAAAAACGCACAUAUGGGAAAAACGCACAUAUGGGAAAAACGCAUAUAUGGGAAAAACGCAUAUAUGGGAAAAACGCAUAUAUGGGAAAAACGCAUAUAUGGGAAAAACGCAUAUAUGGGAAAAACGCAAAUGUGGGAAAAACGCAAAGUAGGGGAAAAACGCAAAUUAGGGGAAAAACGCAAAUUAGGGGAAAAACGCAAAUGGGGAAAAACGCAAAUGGGGAAAAACGCAAAUGAGGGGAAAACGCAAAUGGGGGAAAAACGCAAAUGGGGGAAAAACGCAAAUGGGGGAAAAACGCAAAUGUGGGAAAAACGCAAAUGUGGGAAAAAGGCAAUAUGGGAAAUACGCAAAUAUGGGAAAUACGCAAAUAUGGGUAAAAUGCAAAUAUGGGAAAAACGCAAAUAUGGGAAAAACGCAAAUAUGGGAAAAACGCAAAUAUGGGAAAAAUGCAAAUAUGAGAAAAACACAAAUAUUGCAAAUCGUAAAUAUGGGAAAAAAGCAAAUAUGGGAUAA